AUCAACUUCCUGUAUUAUAAUCCGGUACCAUAUCCCUGGUAGUAUUGUAACUUUUAUAUAAUUCUGCUAUGGACAAGUUCUUUGUUCCUUACAAAUUUCCAAGUUCUUAUUGACUAUAGCUACUAUCGCACUCACUGCAUUUUUAAAUAGUCCAUCUUAAACUUUCGCUUAACUUGUUAUGGGUGAACUACACAAAUUGUUGGCGUUAGCCAUAGCCUUGGUUAUGGUUAGCCAGUGUAAUGGGUUCUUGCAGCAGAACCCGUUUUCCCUUUUAUGGCCUUCAGAACCGGCUGUGUCUGAGCCAUCCCUUCACUUUUCCACCCUUGACCCAGAUAAGCAUCCUAUCAACCUUUACCAGUACACUAAUACAACGGUGAUCAGAAUUAAAUAUGACACUCAGGAUCAGCUUGUACAAUAUUUGAAGGCCAUACCCAAAGAUUACGGUAUCUGGUCAAAGUCUGCUUCUGCUAAAACCAUUGACCUACAGCUUCUGACAGUGGACUAUCUCAAGCUUUUAGCCAAGUUUGAUGAUAUGGACUAUCAGAUUCUUGUGGAGGAUUUGGCCCAAACAGUGUUUGAGACCUUUCCAGAGAACCAUCAAGAGACGAUCAAUACCGAAGAAAACUCCGAAUUCAAGUAUAAGGCAACUGAAGAAGUUAUCAGAGAAACCAAAGCCAAUGUGUUUUCAGAAUUAUUCUUCAAGGAUUACAGACCCUUGGAAACCAUCGAAGCAUGGUUAGAUAUUAUUCAGCAGUCAUUUCCAGGGGUGGUAAAGGUGGAAGAAAUAGGGAAAACAUUUGAGGGAAGACCCUAUAAUAUUGUUCACGUUUCUGACCAUUCUGUGGAUGACCAUAGUGAGAAGAAAACAAUAGUAAUAAAUGGGGGUAUCCACGCCAGAGAAUGGAUCUCUGUGUCAUCGGUAUGUUACCAAAUAUACUCGAUGCUUAAUGUAUACAUGACACAACCAGAAAUCUUACAAGAGUUGGACUUUAUAUUUGUUCCAUUGUCAAAUCCGGAUGGAUACGAAUACACUUGGAGCACAGACCGAUUGUGGAGAAAAAACAGGCAAACGACCAUUCUCCCCAGAUGUUAUGGAAUUGACAUUGACCACUCCUACGAUUUCCAUUGGACUAAGUCAAGUGAUUGGCCCUGUGGAGAAGAAUACAGCGGUGAACAUCCUUACGAAGCAGUGGAAGCACAAAUUUGGGAAGACUACUUGAACAAAACGAAUGCCCACCAUGAGAUUUAUGGGUACAUUGACUUGCAUUCUUACUCAGAAGAGAUUUUGUUUCCAUUUGCUUAUUCAUGUUCUAGUGAGCCCAGAGAUGAAGAGAAUUUGAUUGAGUUGGCAUACGGUAUUUCCAAAGCCAUUAGAUUGCAAAGCGGUAAAUUCUAUAAUGUUUUGCCUGCUUGUCAAGAUAAAGACAGUGACUUGUUGCCUGAUUUAGGUUCCGGAACCUCAUUGGAUUUCAUGUAUCACAAUAAAGCCUUUUGGGCGUACCAGUUGAAGUUGAGGGACACUGGAAACCAUGGAUUUUUAUUACCACCUAAGUUUAUUGAACCUGUGGGUGCCGAGAUUUUUGCUGGAAUCCAGUAUUUCAUUAAGUUUAUUACAGAAGAUGAUUAGAUAUUUGAUAAAAGUAGUUUGAGUGUAUUAUUUUUGAAAUGAACAGAUCUUAAUUCUAAGCGGUGGCUAAAGUAGACCACAUAUCCUACUUCGGAGGAUUCCUAUUUAUUGUACGUUUCUCGGUCUACCAACUAUAUAGAUACAAGUGUCUAUUCGUAUAGAGUAACUAUUCUUGUUUUAGAAUAGCAGCUUGUAUAAAUAGUUCAGGCGAUCCCCAAACCGGGGUAUGAACGCACCCGAUUGAUAUAACCAUUUUGUUCCGGCAUCAUUGUAGAUGAAGGGGAGAAAAUAUAUGGCACAUUUGCAAAAAGAGGGUUCUUCUAGUGCAGCAAUAAAUAAGUAGUUGCAAUUUUGGAUGGACU